AUGGCGACGGACGAGAACAACCACAAGAACGAGGCGCGCGACGACUGGACCGGCUGCACCUUCCGGGUGGAGCGGGGGCCCAGCAGCGAAGGCCGGGCCUGGAGAUGUCGGUUCCUUACUGCUCGACGGAGCCAGCGCGGCCACGUCAUCGCCGAGAAACGACUUAGUGGGUUGAUUGCCACACAGGCGACGACGACGGCGAGGAGCAGGGCGCCCUCGAGUCGGCCGUGGCCGCGGGCGUCGUCGCGCGGCGCCGGGGCGGCGGCGGCCCGCGGGGCGCGCGGCCCGGAUUCGCGCUCGGCGCCGCUGAGGAGGAGCCGGUCGCGGACGACGCCGACUCCGACGACGAGGAGGCCGACGAGGUCGAUCCGGACUUCGAUCCCGACGACGACGUCACGAUGCGGGACCCGGAGCCGACGUCGCGCAAGCGCAAGGCGCCGCCGGCGCCGCGGCCGAAGCGGCGCCGCAAGACCAAGGCCGCGCCCAUCGAGCCCGUAUUGUCGGAGUACGAACUCGGCCGGCGCGCCAAGAUCAAGCGGAACAACAAGUUCCUCGUGUCGGUCGGGCUCUUGUUCCCGCGCUGACUCAGCGUCUCGCAGAAACUUCGACUUUGGGAAGAUGGCGUCGGCACGAUCACGAUGCCGCCGUGACGCCGUCGUCGUGAUCGUCGGAGCGUCGACGCGUCUCACGAGUUUACGGUGUCGAUAACAGGCCGAAGGAGGCGCUCGAGGACGACGAGCACCCCUGGUGGUACAUGACGGCGCGCUGAGGGCGCAGCCGUCCACUACGUUUUCCCUCCCCCAUUCUCCCUCUCCCCCCGCUGAUGUUCGAGAUAUGACGAGUCUCGAACGACGACCGAUUGACGACGACGGCGCGGCGCCGGCGUCCCACUAUUCUACCAUCGCUUCUCAUCACAACCGACGCAGGUGCCACGACGGUGGCACCGCCCGGCCGCGCAGCCCGCGAGCGCGGCCGACCAGCUCUCUGCGCGAACGUCCUGGGCGAGUUCGUUCG